UCGCGUAGGUUGUAUGUACGCCAGUACAGUCGACGCUUGGCCAGUUAGUGGAUCGCACAGACGUUUUUGUAUAAAUAAAUUUGUGUAUUAAUCUAUAGACGAAUUUAAAAAUAAUUAUUAUGAAGAUGUCAGUAUUGAGAGCGAUCGCUAUUUUCCUUUGCGGGUUAAUAUUGCAAGUAUGCAGUGCGCAGAUGAUGUUCCCUGGAUCCUGCCCAGAUGUAGCCGCUAUGAGUGAUUUUAAUGCUAAUCGAUACUUGGGUAAAUGGUAUGAAGCUGAGAAAUAUUUCGCAGCAUUCGAAUUCGGAGGCAAGUGUAUCACUGCCAAUUAUGAUCUGAAUGAAAAUGGUGUAAUAAGCGUCCUCAAUAGACAGAUAAGCUCUUUUACUGGCAUGAAGUCCGAGAUAAAAGGGGAAGCGAUGCAAGUGAGCCGGUCCGAUGUAGGCAAGCUCUCUGUCCGGUUCCCAUCUCUACCCGUCAAGGUGGACGCACCCUACUGGGUCGUUGACACCGACUACGACAACUUCGCACUAGUGUGGAGUUGCUACGAAUUUGGCGUCUUCCAUACAAGGAAUGCAUGGAUAUUAACCAGAGAGCGAGACCCACCUGUUGAAACUUUAGAAAAGGCGUACGCAGCCGCUGAUAAGAACAACAUCAACCGAACUUACUUCCUGCGAACAGACCAAAAGAAUUGCCCUAGCGAUGACUAAAU